UCUGCAAGUGUCCACAUCUCUCCAACAGGACCAAAAAAGACUGGAAAAGACGUUGCGAAACAUGGAGACUGCAGUGUUCACCUGCUGGCUCCUGUUUCUGCUGUUUAGCCCAGCUGUCCCCAUGUGUUUACCCACCGACUUCACCCUGUAUGUGGAGAAGCCACAGUGUGACUUCUGUGUGGCAGUCAACACUACUAUCUGCAUGGGAUUUUGCUACUCCAGGGACAGCAACAUGAGGGAUAUUCUAGGCCCACGGUUCAUGAUCCAGAGAGGUUGCACAUAUGACAAAGUGGAAUACCGCACAGCCCUACUGCCUGGCUGUCCCAUCGACUCCAACCCCAUCUUCACCUACCCCGUGGCUCUCAGCUGCCGCUGUGGUGCCUGCGAGACUGACAGCAAUGAGUGCACGCACAGAGCCAGCACACAUGGAACUAUGUGUACCAAACCAGUGAGGCACAGCAGCCUGUAUCCUGGCCAGAGCAACUUUGUGAUCCCCUUUUGAUCAUAAUGUUCUUGCUCUCGUAAUGUUCUUUUUUAAUUUUGAAAACCACAUGAAUGUACUGACUGUAUGUACCUGUUGUAACCGCUUGUUUUAUUGCGUCUUUGUUGCCCAACAUAUUCUGCGCUCCAGCUCUGCUUCUCAGUUUACAAUGGGGGUUGAUCCCUGCGCAUAUUUC